AUGAAUCUGAAAAGAGAAGAUAAAAUCAAAGCAAAUAAAGCAAAAGCAAGUUUUAUUUUCGAUUGUUUGAAUAGGGAUUCCAAUGGAUUUGAAUUACAAAAAUUAUUAAUUCAAUGGGGCUUACCAGAAAAUGAAGUUGAUGAAUAUCUUGUUACGGAUGAUGAUGAUGAUGAAAAAUAUUCUUUUGAUGAGUUCUGUCAAAAUAUGAAGUCAAUAUGGGAUUUUGCAUCUGAAAACAUGAUUGUAAGCAAUGAUGAUCAAGUAGUACAACCGUCGCAUCCACAUUCAAAUUAA